AUGUUUUGCCAUUGUGAAGACAUUGGUAUUGUAAGUCUUGUACAUGAUAAUACACAAUUACCGCCUAUUGAAGCAGCUGGUAUAGAAUUGGCACCAGGACGAAAACAUAAAUUAGGCUACAAAAAGAAAACAGCUUACUUUUCACCUGCACCAUAUACGACAUGCACUGAUAAAAUUCCUAUUUUGAUCCAUGCAAUAUUUGAUAAUUAUUAUGGUGGUGAUUAUGGCUAUUCUGAAACAAUUUGUUAUCAAAUUUGUGAACAAGUAUAUGAACAGUGUGGUUGUGUUAAUCUUAAUCUAUGA